UCUUGGAGUUAAACAGUUCUUCCCAAGUUUUGGAGAUGUUUUCCGAAGUUUUUCCGCAGUAGCGGUUAUUAUGAAGCUUGACUUUGUUUAGGUCUAUAAAUCGUUGAAACGGCGUAAGCCGUUUCUCCGUAUAUGUUAAAGUUCAAGGACGACGGUCUUGAGCACCGGUGACGCUGUUACAUUAGGUGUUUCUCAAGAAAAGCUAGAGAAAUGUUUUCGUCGCCACAGCACAGUGAAGUGCAGACACAAUGCAGACAGUUAGCUAGCGGCUUCCCUCGGUGGUAGCACACCAAGUCACGAAUGCUUCGGGUACACUUUACCGUGGAGAGGGUCGCGAUAUGUAUAUAUUUCUUAAAUAUCGAAGUAUCGUGUUUUUCUCCAGCCUUUUUAUAUUCACGUUGCGGUCCCGAUGUAACAAGGCGCACCGGUGUUUUGGAGGACACAACUGGAAACCAGUCUUGUUAUAACGGCACUGCCCUGAGUACAUCAUGGCACACAACAUCUUCUUUCCCUGUGAAACAUAGGAUCCUUGCCAGUAUGGAUUCAAUACAACAUGACCCAGGCGGACAAUCAGCAGACCCAUUACUUAGAAAGGAUGGUACAGUGGAAAUUGGUGAGGCUAAAGCCUUUUUCGGGAGGGGCCCUCUCUCAUCUUCAGCUCCUGCUGGUCCGUGGGGACACUCUUUUUACUCUUCAUUUCCCUAUGUAUCAAAUGGCUUGCACCUCAGGAACAGCAGAAGCACCCUCACCCGAUAUAACCUGGGCCACUCGCUGCCUCAGGUUCAGAGUGUGGUGCCUCCAGCUGCAUUUGGAGUAAAAUUUCACAAGUGUGCACAGGUGAAGCUUGACACUGAUCCCCCUCAGUUGACGUUCUUUCUGCUGGUUCGCAACGUGGGCCCUGUGGGUGGCACCAACCUAUCUCAGGUGGCUAUCCGGGACUCGAUUUCAGGAUUAGUACCUCUAAAAUCUGAAGGCAGGGUUGUGGAAAGAGGCUACCAGACAUUUGCCAUUGAGUCGUUGUUGGCUGGAUCUCAAGUUGUUCUCAAUUAUACUGCUCACGUAAGGAGUCAAAAGAGCGAAGUCCUUGACCUUCCAGCUUUUCUCACCUUCUCUAAUGCCUCACAGAAUGAUGUCAGCAUGUUUGGCCCAUUAAGGGCUAAUCUAACGCUGAGGAUGAAUUCCACAGACAGGAUCUAUCCUAACCACGGUGUUCAUUUUGCUGGAUUUGUUGCUGGGUUCUUUGUCACCAUGGUGCUGCUGCUGCUGGGGUUUCUGGCCAUAAACGUGAUAGGACUCAGAACUAGACUGAAUCUUCUUCAAAAAAGGAGAAACAGAAGUGAUUCAGACCCUGAGUUUGCAGACUCCAACUUGAGUGAGACAGUCAAGGAUGAGGCAACAUUUGAAGACAAGAUUGUGGACACCAUGGUUCUGGAGGAUCCACAGAACAUGUACAGGGCUUUGGAAAAUCUUGAAAUGUCUUCACUGCUACAUGCCACCAAUAACCUGGAAGCCAUCCGGAUUCAGAUUUACAAGGACGUGAUGUCCUCCUUGCUUGCCAGACUUCAAUUUCAGGGCCAGGCCAGUGCUCAAGCCCAGGAGAGGCUGCUUAGUGUGCUUCACGGGCAGCUGCUAGGCAUGGAGGGACGGCUCAAGGAGGAGCGAGGGGCUCGCAUGGUUGCCUUGGCUGGUCAGUGUAACCUGGAGACUCGGGAAGAAAUGGAAGCAGAGCACUGCAGAGAGGCUGCUGAGAAGGCCCAGGCUGAGCUUCUGUGUCAACAUGCAGAUCAACAGGAACUUCUUCAGUGUAGUGUCCUCCUGGAGAAGCUGCACAAGUUGAGCCAGAGUCAGCUUCAACGCAUCUUAUUGGUUCGUCAUGAAGAGGCCUCAGCGAAGCUCCAGAGGCAGAUCAUUGAGUGGCGACGGGUGGAGCUGCACAAGAUUUUCUCAGAGGAACUGGAGGAGGCCACCAGGAUGGGAGAGUUGGAGAAGAGCACAGCCAAGAAUCUUCAGCACGAAUACUUUACUUGUCAGGAUCAGCUAGAGGAGGUGCUGGAUGUAGUCCUUGCCAAUCUGCGCUAUGUGCUAGCUGAACGCAGCGCACAGAGGAAGUUUCUGGUGCACAGCCUCCACAGCCUUAACAGCCUGAUUUCUGACACUUUCUCCAGCACCUCCAGGAACUUGGACAGCUGGUUCACUUACAUCAGGGGAGGGAGCAAACUGCCUGCAGUGCAGGUCGACCACCUGCAGGAGAAGGCUCAGAAAGAGCUGGUGAUGCUGAGACAGAGACUGGAUGAGGCACUGAAGCAGGAGAGGAGAGCCAUGCAUUGUGGACUGAUUAAGAAGAGGAGGGAGCUCAUAUCUGACAUGGUGACGGUCCACAAACAGAGACAGAAGGACCUGUCGAACAUGUGCAAGGGUCUGGAGGGAGGGAUAGAGGUAGGACAGCAUCUGCACUGUUGGCAGAAUUUACUGACAGCUCACAGCUUGGAGCUAGCAGAGCUUAUCAACAACCUGGAUGAGGAAGCUGCUGCAGACAUCCGCAAGGUCACCAUGCGUGUGAUCCAGGGUGCCAUAGCAGACAUCAAAGCCAUCCAGCCUUCUGCAGCUCAGGCUGUAUUAGCCCUCUUGCCUCCAGGAGAGCAAGACUUUCCACUGCAGAUGGAACCAGGGCAAGGAUCAGGACAGGGAGCGAGUGCUCUCCUGGUGGGACAGGAAAGACUGCACCAGGAAGGCAAGGCAGCCUUGCGUAUCCUCAGCUCCACCAGGGAGGCUCUGAAGGAAGACAUGGAGAAAGAGCUACAGGAGCAGAAGGCACUUAGGACACGCUGCAAAGAUUUCUUCAGGUGUUUGUGUUUGUCCCAGCUAACUCUGUCUGAAGAUGACAGGCUAAAGAUGAAACUGGAGUUUCAGAAAUGUCUUUCUGUGAUAGAUCGCUGUCUGGUGAUGCCACACGCUGUCGCCAGAACUAAACUUCUGUGUGCUCUGGCAGCUUGGAGGAAGGAGAGCGAGAAACAGAUGAUGAAUCCACAAUCCAAGGGGAAAACCAGUGAGGCCAGACAGAAAGCAGACACAUCCGACCUGCAACUUUUCCAGAAAAAGCUUAAGGAUAGGAUUCAACUAUAUGAGAGGGAGAAGGAGAUGGAGAGCAGUAUAAUGAGCAAGGUGUUGGAGGAGAUGAAGCAUGAGAGAGAAGAUGAUCUGCACUCUCAGGCAGACAGCCUGGCUGUGCAAAUGGCUAUCGUCCAUUACCAGAAGGCUGAGAGGCGAGCCAAAGUUUUGGAGACCUGCAGAGCAAUGCUGACUCUCCAUAGCCUGCUUGUUCAACAGCUCAAAGAAAGGAAGCAUUUGGAGCGACAAGACAUGGCUCAGAGUAUACAAAGCCACUGCUUGGGCCUAGAGGAAGCAGAGCAACAGCUUCAGGAGGAAAGAACAACGUUGGACAGCCUGCAAAUGUCUCAGCCCACUAUAAAGUCAAGUAAAACACAUCAGGACGACUCUGGUGUGGGAGAUGAGAACUGUGAGCAAGAAACCGUGUUUCAGUUGCAGACAGAUUGCAGGAUGGGGGCCAUCCUUCAGGAUGCACUUUAUAAGCAUGAGCAGGUUACUUCACUGAUGGCUGAGAGGUUUCACUUAAUGACUGCCAAGAGUCAAAGCAUGGAAGAUUUAAAAGAACAAAUGGAGCUCAAGAGACUGUAUGCAAACUGUGACCAGGAUCUGGACUUUGCAUCUCAGCUGGUCAAGCGGUGUCAUGUGUCUACCGAGGUUCUCCUGGAGGCCCUACGUCUCCUUCUCCCAACCCUGCCUGAAAGUGAACUCCUUUCAAUCAGUGAUGCCCUGUGCCCCAAGCAGCACCCUCCCUCAGGGUCUGCAGAACAGGAACACCCAGGGUGUGCUGAGGAGCUGAACAGAGUUCUUCCUGUGAAACUGAGAGAAGAUGUGGUGCAUAAAAAUAUGCUGAAUAUUCCAAGUUGUGCUGUGGAUAAAGAGGGACUCCAGGAAAAGAGGCAAAGUCUGAUGGAAAAACUGCUCCCCAGGUCCGGUCUUGUGCUUCAAGGGGAUACUGCACCGCUGCUGACUAAGGAGAAGGGAAAGAAGAACAGCUGUAGCAAAGCACAGCAGCCACUUUAUAAAUCUGGGCUGCCUGUUAAAGAGCAGCAGAGCGACAGUGGAAGAGAAGAAGUUGUGGACACGGUAAAGGAAGCAGAGGAACACACGCCUUCAGCCUCUGCUUGCUGUGCGCCGGGGAGCCCAGCAACCGGGGAAAAGCUGUUUGUUUUCCGGGAUCCACCUGAAUCAUGUAACAGUGUAGAUGUCCCAAAUAGAAAAAGGAAGAGGAAUUUCCUCAAUCUGAAGAAAGGUUCAGUGGCCCCAACAAACCUACCUUGAAAUUUGUCUUGCCUUUUGUAUUAUUUUUUUUAAUGAGGAUGGUAUUUUAUAUAUGAUCAUGCUCCAAAAAAAUCUGGUACUUCAAAGUGUUUAUAUGAUCUGACUUUGUUUUAUUUUUUAAUAAAAUCA